AUGGAUGCAACGAAGAAACCAUUGUUAAUUCCACCUGAAUUCUCAAAUUAUGCUGAAAAACAUGGUAUUUUUCAGAUUUAUGAGGUGAGAGACUGGUAACAGUUCGUGACUGCGUCGAAGAUUCAAAUUCUCAUAUUAUUUUUAUCGGCAAAUAAUGCCUCAGAGCUUAACUGAACAAGCCCGGAUCAGUAUCCUGAGACCAAUUUCUGUUAAUCUGGUUGCUGAAAUCCCUAAGUAACUGAGAUAUUAUUGAAAAGAGCAGUAGAUCUUCUGUUUCACGUAUUAAGGGCUGAACUCUUGAUGGGCCUCUAGGCCAGGGUGUGUUCCAAAUGAAAGUCAUUUCAAAGUUAUGCCUAAGAUUUUAAAGUAGGCAUAAUUUGCUUCUUUAUAUUCACUAAUGUUUACGUUUUGACCUCCCUUCAUCAUUCACAAUGACAAUUUUAACAUUGAAACAGUGCGAAAUUUUGAAAAUCAAGCUCAAAUUCAUUUGCUCAACGCAGCCUUAACAGUUUUCAUGCAUCAAGUCUCCCCAGUAGCUGCAAUGAUGCGGUAUCAUCAGCUUGUUUACAAUUAUUGGUGUGUCAUGAGACAAACCCGUAUAUCAGUGGUAAUUGCUAGUGAGACUUAAUUGCUUCUGUCAUUUUCCUUGAAAUAGGAAGUGCACAUAAGGUUGGGCUGGUUUGUUGAGACCUUAGUGUAUGUGUGAAAUACCCUGACCUGCAACUUUGCAGCUUCACACUCAUGUACUAAGUCAGAGUUUCUGCCAACUGGGCCAUACCAUGUUAUUACUGUUAAGUCACAUAACAUCUUUGAGCAUGAGAAGCUUGCCCAGAUGUCUUAAUCCGUGAGUGACCGAGACUGAAUUUCUCUUUACAAUAUCUAUGCAACAUCAAGCACUGACAAGUGAUGGGAAAAAAGAAAGAAUUACUGGUAAUAGAAAAUUAUAAGUUGAUCCAAUACAAAAUUCUCUGAAAAAACAUCAUGAGAAUUGUAUGGCAAACAGUAAGGAGAAUUACUAGUGAGAUCUUGGAAGUAAAAGGGUUAAGUAUACAACAUAUUUUCCAUCAGGUUAUGCAAUGAGGAAUUAAUGAAAAAUGAAUACAUUGAAGUUAAUUUUGUUUUGUAUUUAUAGUCCCUACUGACAAAACUGAUAAUAGAACAGCCUGCAGACCCACUGACAUAUAUGAUAGGUCUUCUGGAACAAGAAAGUGAAGGUUAGAACUUGCUCUCUAGUUUAAAGACAACUAUAGGACUAUCAUUAGAUACAAAAAUUUGUGUUGCCCCUACUGAUUUUUUCUUUGACUUAAAGCUCAUGACCAAACAGCUUGCCAUUAAUGAUGUUAAAAGCAUUUGAAACCCAAUAGUUUCCUAAGACAAUCUCACGGGAGAGGGAAAAUGGAUGGAACAGCAUAUUAAGAGGAAAUGAAAAGGUUUUUCUGCUUAAUGUUACUUGAAUCAAAUAUUGUAUCACUUUUGCACUCAAGAUUAUUGUUUCAUGAUCAUAAAGUUCCACAGAUCAUUAUUCAUGGACCUCCAGCGGCAGGAAAGAGAACAAUGGUAAUUUCAUAAUGUGUUUGAUUUCUACUGGGUUUGCAAUUUUUGAAAGGUUAUGAUAACCCUGCGCUAGUAUGUGGAAAGGCCUCCUUUGAGAAAAUGGUAAUUAACCCUGAGACCUACGCACUAUUUAUUACAUCUAUUAUUCAUCUAAUUUUGAAAGGUUAUGAUAGAAACUAGCCCCCUAUAGAGUAGAGUCACUUUUCAGUCAUGUGGAGAUGAUGAUGCCUCCAAAAAAUGAAUUUUAAUUGAGGCAGUUUUCAAAAGCAAUCAAGAAUUGCAUUGGCUCAGGUUUUUCUGGUUCUGUGGUUGGUCUUAAAGACUUGUGCCUCUCAACCCUUUAUUAUUAAUUCUUCCCUCUAGCUGCUACACAUUUCCUUGUAAAUUAGUUACAAGAAUUUGGAGUUAGAUCAAGAUAACAACUUUGGCCCGACAAGUUUGGGUAUUCUCAUUCCUUUUUUGCAAGAAAAUGUUCAGAUAUUAUAGGAAGAAGUUAAUUUUUAAUCACCUCAGGGACUCAAGGGUGAAACAAUCAGACACAAAAUUCAAAACAAUUUAGACUUGUUCAUACACCUUUUUUCCAGGUUUGAAAUAGGUUAGAUUAGUUAAUUUUGGGAUCUCACUGGCUCCUUGUAAUGCUUAAAAUGUGAUUGGUUUUUGUGAUUACUUUUAGACUUUCAUUUGGUUUUAGUGUCACAACAGUCAAUGAAAAAGUAUGUUAAUGUAAUUGGUUAAUUUAUUAGCUUUUUUCCUGUUUAGUCUGUGAUGGCAGCAAAACAUUUUGACUGUGUCCAUAUCACACUUGAAAAUCUCCUGGCAGAGUCAGAUUCAAAAUCAGCAAAGAAGGUAAUUUAAUUGUAACCCAUUUUGCAUCCACCUGGCUUACAGCUUGGGGUUGUAUAUGAAAUAUUUAGCCAAUUGAAUUCUCACAAAGAACAAAUGAUUUACUCUAAACAGUGUUAGGUGGGAUUGACUAAAAAAUUUUAAAAAAUUAGAAAUUUUUUAAAUUAGUCUUAACCAUGUAGAUUUUAAAAUGACUAAUAUUGAUUUGUCUCCCUUGUUUUAAGGCUCAGGAGUACAUAUCAGCAAAAGAGGUAUUGUUAGUGUUACUUUUUAUUUAAUCUAAUUUGUAAUGAUUCACUUCUUUCAAAUUGGGAGGUUUAGGUGAUCUAUGAGCUCUGAUUAGUUGUGGAUAACUUGUCAGACACAGUGGACUAAUGGUCAGUGCACUGGAAUCUGGGCUUGGAGGUCUGGGUUUGAGUACAGGCCAGAUCAAUGUGUUGUGUUCUUGGGCAAGACACUUUUACUCUCACAGUGCCUCUCUCCACCUUGGAGUAUAGAAAUGGGUACUGGAGAAUUGUAACAUUGUCUCUCUACACCCUAGAGUAUAAAAUGGGUACUGGAGAAUUGUCACAUUGUCUCUCUACACCCUAGAGUAUAAAAUGGGUACUGGAGAAUUGUCACAUUGUCUCUCUACACCCUAGAGUAUAAAAUGGGUACUGGAGAAUUGUCACAUUGUCUCUCUACACCCUAAAGUAUAAAAUGGGUACUGGAGAAUUGUCACAUUGUCUCUCUACACCUUAGAGUAUAAAAUGGGUACUGGAGAAUUGUCACAUUGUCUCUCUACACCCUAGCGGAUAAAAUGGGUACUGGAGAAUUGUCACAUUGUCUCUCUACACCCUAGAGGAUAAAAUGGGUACUGGAGAAUUGUCACAUUGUCUCUCUACACCAUAGAGUAUAAAAUGGGUACUGGAGAAUUGUCACAUUGUCUCUCUACACCCUAGAGUAUAAAAUGGGUACUGGAGAAUUGUCACAUUGUCUCUCUACACCCUAAAGUAUAAAAUGGGUACUGGAGAAUUGUCACAUUGUCUCUCUACACCCUAGAGUAUAAAAUGGGUACUGGAGAAUUGUUACAUUGUCUCUCUACACCCUAAAGUAUAAAAUGGGUACUGGAGAAUUGUCACAUUGUCUCUCUACACCCUAGAGUAUAAAAUGGGUACUGGAGAAUUGUCACAUUGUCUCUCUACACCCUAAAGUAUAAAAUGGGUACUGGAGAAUUGUCACAUUGUCUCUCUACACCCUAGAGUAUUAAAAUGGGUACUGGAGAAUUGUCACAUUGUCUCUCUACACCCUAGAGUAUAAAAUGGGUACUGGAGAAUUGUCACAUUGUCUCUCUACACCCUAGAGUAUAAAAUGGGUACUGGAGAAUUGUCACAUUGUCUCUCUACACCCUAGAGUAUAAAAUGGGUACUAGAGAAUUGUCACAUUGUCUCUCUACACCCUAGAGUAUAAAAUGGUACCAGCCAAUUGUUAGGGAAGCCGGAUGAGAUGCUGGGGGUAACAUUAGGUUGCACUAGCAUCCCAUCCGGGGGGGGGGGAAUAAUACUUCUCGUCACUUCAUGCCAAGGAAACUGGAAUAAGCUUUGGUUGGGUGGGCCACUAGGCUUGAGUACAGACUUUUUUUGUUAAAACAAAGUGAUUUAACACAAAGCAAAUCUUUAGUUUUUGAAUGCAAAUUUUCUACUUUUAAAUGUCAUUAAUUAUUUUUCUACUUUCUUAAUAUUUAGAGGAAAUUAAUUCAUUUUAUCAAAAUUAUAAAUUUAGAACAAUUGGUAAUCAUUAAUAUUUUUUAUGAAAUUUAAAGGAGAUGAGAUUGAUGCUCUAAGCCUCUAAAUUGAAACUUUUAAUAGAUUGCCUUUUUUUAUUGUUGUCUGUUGACUCAGUUGCACGCAGAGGAUUAAGUAACUGGGGAUGGGGAUGUAAAUUUUUUCAGAAUUAUCAGUUGUUAAUGGUAAUCAAGUCAAUAAUGGUAAUCUAAAGAACUUCAAAAUGAAAAUUGUUUAUGUACAGGAGUUUGAAGUCCAUUCAGAGCUAGUAGAAAUGAUAUACUUUGUGCUUCUUUAGAUCAGAGGUCAGAAUAUAAUGUUUAUCACUUUUUUAUUUUAGGUGGUACCUACUCAUAUUUGGGUCAGUCUCAUCAAAGAGAGACUACAGAAGGAAGACUGCAUCAGUAAGGUAAAGUCACUUUUAACUGAAUCAUUAAAUAACAGUUUUAAUCAUGGUCACCAUGGUUUUGUUUUAUACUUGCUAGUCAUCAUAUUUGUCUUAAAAAAAUAUUUUAUUUUUCUCUUAGUUUUUGUCCACAAGUAUUCAGCAGGAGAGGAAAAAUUAUUACCAUUGUGCUUUUGCUAAAUCUCAAAAGCAAAAAACAAAACACCAAUUAGGGGAUUAUCAGCUGAUCCAAAACCAAAUUCUCCAAACUCACAUCAUAAGAAUUGUAUAGCAGACAGUAAGGACGAUAACUAAUGAGAUCUUGGCAGUACUGAAAGGAUCAAAAGGAUGAAUAAACUAAAGUCUACUUCAUUUUUACAUGUAUCUCAGGGCUGGUUGCUAGAAGCCUUUCCACAGACAAGAGAGCAGGUUUGACAAUGGUUUCAUUAUGCUCUGUUGCAUAGAUUGAUUUAGAUAAUUAAUUAUAGUAGCAAAUCUGAGUGACUGAGAGAUUAAUAAUAACAUUUAACCAUAUCUACAUGUAGUAAGCAUACAUUUGUUUUCCUCCCUGUCAAUGUUAAUUGUCACAUGACUAUCACUAAAAGGUUUUUAAAAUAAAUUCUUAAAGAAACAAUAUGUUUAUUUCAAACAAGAUUUUCUUAGCAAAAAAAGUCUCUCUUGUACUUGUAGGCCCAAGCACUUCAAGCAGAGGGAAUCAACCCAAGACAUUUUGGUGAAUACUGUCUACUGCCAAGAUAUGCUUUUAAGUUGGUGCUGUUUGUGCCUUUUAUAAAGAAAGAUGGCUUUUUUUUUAUUGUGCAUAUGCAUGCUUUUAAUUCCAUGUAAAUGGUAUUGAUUUUUAUAAAUCAGCCAAUGUCAACAGAUCAACAAGCAUCAGUCGCCAAAUGGAAGGAAAAUGAAUAAGGAAACUAAUAAAAGUUGAUGAUACAAUAAGUUAUGAAACAGCAAGAUAAUUUUCUGUAUUUAUGUACAAGAAAUAAAUUUGAAGUGAUUUAAUAUUAGUAAUGUCAGUUAAUUAUUGAUUUAAUGAUUUUUGUUUAAUAGUUCUUCUGGAGGCUCCAGACACAGUCCUGAUAGAAAGAGUGAUGGGGAAGAGAAUUGAUCCAGAGACUGGUGGUAAGUACUUACAGCUAUUCUAAAUAUACUGUCUACAAACCAUUUCACUUUCAUAAACACAAUGUCAAUUUUCUUACUGCCUGACAUACAUCUAUUGCCUUUUCUUUGCCUGUGCCACAUAUUGAUAUUGCACGGAGACUUUUCUGGUUUAUCUCCCCUUUUGAGUGAAGAGGUUAAUAUGUACUCAUUGAUUGAGUAGGAGGGCUGGACAGAAAAACAUUUGGCUUGAAGUCAUGAAGUACUUAGUCAACACAAAGAGACAAAUAUUAAACAGUAGGGCUGGAAGUAACAUAGUGCCAAAAAGUCUUUUAUCAUCUGAGCACUGUGUCUUACAGAUUUUGAAAUUAUCUUUGAAACAACUUGUAAAUAGGACAUGAUUGCCUACAUGUAAGAGGAGCAUGGGCUGAACAAUUGCAAAAACAUUUUUAAAAAGGUUUUCCUGUUCUGUUUUUAUUUUGGCCUUGUUUUUAGAAAUCUUAGAUACAUUAUGAGAUUUUAUUUGUUUUUUUAAAAAAUAUUUUCUCUCAACAGAUGUGUAUCAUUCAACAUUUGACCCUCCCAGUGACCUAGCAGUUGUGCAGCGUCUCGUACCAGACUCUAAAUCCUCAGAGAAAGUCAUGAUUCAGAGACUGAUGGAGUACCACAGGUAAUUACCUCUUAAAAGCAAGUGCUCAUGUGGUAUGUGUAAGUCAACAGAAAAAUUCCAAAUUUGUGGUAAAUCCAAUUUGGAAUGAGUCUUGAGAGUUAAAUCUGGGAUUGCUUUACUUUGCUUUAUAAAUGGUCUACAAAAUCGCCCCUCCUUCUUAGCCAAUCAGAUGUCUCAUUACAACCAACUGUGUCUUAGUCCCUCGCAUUUUUCCAUGUAUGAUGCCAGUUGCAUGCACAGCUGUAUUUGCUUUGAGUUUUUAUCGGCUCACUGCUGUGGUUACAUUUGAUCUGAUUGGUCAUUGAUUAUCGUCAAAGGAACUCCUUAUUUCUCAUCCUCUUGCUCUUUGUAGGCAUAUUGAUGGAAUCUUGAUGUGCUUCGAAAAGAUUCAUAAGUCCAUAAACGUUGAUCAGCCAAAAGCAGAUGUCUUUUCACAAGGUACACAUUAUUAUAGUUUUAUUUUCGACUUCUAGUGGUAGAUGUGGCUGAAGCAGAGGAGUAAUUUAAUCAAUGUUCUUAGUUUUGUUUUACAAUCACCUAUCAACAAAAGUUGUGAGAUAAGGCAGAUUACAGCAAGUACGUGUAACAUGUUUACCUUUGAGCAGUUAUCGUUAUCGGUUUAGGAGUGAGGAAUGGAUGUACACUGGCUAAAUUACUGUUGAGAGAUCUAUUCAGGAGUAAUGUUUAGUUUACUUCCUUUGUAUUGCAAUGCACCCUUUUGUGUAUGCACUUUAUUUACUUUUAACUUUGUACACAAAAUAAGUGUUUAGAGUCUGUUUGACCACCCAUUUGCUGUGGUUGGCCUGCCCAACCUUUCAAUGAACAUUUACUGCUCUAAGGAGUUACAUUUAUCAAGAUUUCAUAACAGCCUUGACUAUUGUGUUCUUUCAGUGCUGUCCUAUCUAAAGAUGAAUAAUCGAAAUAAUGCCCCUCAUACCCCGCGAUUGAUUCUCCUGGGCCCAACAGGGUGUGGCAAGAGUGUCCAGGCGGAACUGUUGGCCAGUAAAUAUGGCUUUGUUAAUGGUAAGAGAAUACUGAACGCCCAAUAUGAUUCAAUCAGUUGUGUCGCAGCUGAGCACAACAGUUUACAGGUGACGCGUACUCAAUCGACCUCAUCGCCUGAAGAAGACUAGCAGUAUGCAGUCGAAACGUUGCAAUCCACAUCCGCAGUGACCACAUUGUGAGACAAACAAUAAUACUUCUCUUUGAAACCAGCAGUAUAGUUGUCGAAACGGUGCGAUUUACAAUUUGUUAUGACUGUAUCGUGAGACAAACGAUUAAAAUUUCAUUUAUAUUUUGAACUAAGAUGAACAAAAGAAAAUUCUAUCUAACAAACAACUCGCUUUUCGAACUGCCCUUGGCUUGAGAUGUAUCUGCAGGAAAAGAGGAACCCUGAGUGAAUAUUGCGUAAACCUGGGCCGGGUCGUAGUUAAUGAAGCGUUGCAUGAUUGUUUUCCACCCCCUUUUUCGCGGACUCAAACACGAGCAAAGAAGAAUUUUGAUGAAUUGAGAAGCACUUUUGCGAUGAAAUUAGAUGUGAACACUUCGAUUUCUAUUUACUCAGCACAGUCAGGUUACGGAGUUUAGUUUGCUCAAUACAGCAGCAUAACCAUUGAUGUUAUUUCUCCGUUAGUUUCUUGCACAGAGCUGAUCAAACAAUCGUUGGUAGACGAUUCUAAACUUGGUGAAGCGGUGAGGCCGUAUAUUGAUCGGCACAUGUUGGGUAGGUGCAAAACUGGAAUGAUGUCACUCAGACAAGCAUGUUAAGGUUGUCUCCAACAAAGUGAUCUCCAACAUGGAACUAGCAAUUCGUGAAGUUGCAAGCAAAAGAGAGAGUGCAAAGUUUGAACACGAGCCAGGUGGAUCUUCCUUUUUUUUUUUUUUCGGAGGAACAACCAUGAGUAUAGCUUUCCUUUCCUCGUAAUCAACGCUUUCAGAUAAAUUUCGUCACCAUGUAUGGCCAAGUUAUGUCCUAUAGACAUGUUCAUACUUGUUUUGUUUUGCUUUUUUUGUGAUUUCCUAACAGUACCCGAUGAUUUGGUUCUUCAACUACUCAAGUCUCGCCUGGCCCAGUUGGACGCUGUUACCAAAGGCUGGGUCAUUCAUGGCUUUCCUAAGACAAGAGAACAGGCAGAGUCACUGGCUAGGGCUGGCUAUGAAGCAAAUAGGUAAUGAAAAUACCAACCAUCACGGAAACUCUGUAUGUUCCCUUGUUGCAACCAUAUUGAGUGGCCUGGGAGAACUGAUCGGAUUUGUUGGAUAAGACGGAUUAGGAAGAGUUGGAAGGGUCGGAAGGAUUAGAUAAGACAGAAUGUAACGGCUCCAUUCGAUUGCACGUUUAGAUUAAGUGUCACAAAACCAAACCAAAGUAAUCACGGCAGCCAUUCGUAAAAAAAAAACUUCAAAAGGUGUUAAUGAGAACGCAGAGUUUGAACAAGGAUACAGCUUGCAGCGCUGAAAAACGCCAGUGUAUAGUCACGACUGGUUAUAUCUGUGCAAUGGUUGUUCGAGAGUCCAGGUUGCCUAAGUUUUUACAUUAAUCAUAAGGCAAAUUGAGCAAUACUUGAAUAUUUCCGAAUUAUUAGCUUCGCGCUAUUUCUUAGAGCGGUUUUUUUGAUAUUUUAGGGUGAUUUUUAUGGACGUUCCAACUGACACCAUUCUUGAAAGAUUGACUCUGCGCAGUGUAGAUCCAGUCACCGGUGAAAGGUGGGUGUAAUUCCGUAAUACCGUUCCAAAGUUCGUCUCCUGUUUGUCCUAAGGUUUAAUGGCACUGAGGUAUUUUAUUAUUAUUUAAUAAAUUUCAUCGCAUAUAUUUCUGUUUGAUCCUUUUAUAGUGUUGUUCGGUGCCGUUUCGUUUUUGUUGUUGGUCAAAAUGGAGAAUACAGUGAAAUACCGAAAUUUGGAAAUGCUAAUCUUUUGUCGCAAAACUAAAAGGGCACAAUUUAGCUUUCGCGUACUGACACAACCUCCAUGAGGGAGGAUUCAACAACUAAGGCAAGUCUAAUGGGAUGUCUCUUUUCCUCUUCAGGUAUCACUUAAUUUAUAAUCCACCUCGCACAAACGAAGUAAAGCAGAGGUUGCACACGGUAAGUUUUCAGCAUAUGUUAUUGCUGUACUAAUCGUCAUUAUCACAAGAGUAACCGGUGCUUCGAAUUUUACAGCGACAGAUCUAGGGAGAGGGGUCGCAGGGGAUCCGGUCCCUCUCCCUCCCCCCACCAUACACUGUGGGGUUCUUUGUUUCUUUGUUACCUGAAACCAAAAUUAUCACAACGACAGGAUAGCUUAUUACCCACAACUUGAAGUAUUUAAAAGUAACUUAUCUCUGGAACACAAUUUUUCGUAUUGAAGCUCAAGUUAAAAAAAAGAAAUCUGUGCUUUCUGAAUAAAAGUUUGGACCCCCUUACCCAUCGAGAGUUCCCAGAUCUACCCCCGUUAUGCAGGUAUAAUUAGCCAAUCGCCAAUCGCCAAUAGCUCGAUACUGGCCGUUUAUUGGCUAUUGACCAGAUUGUUUUUGUACGUUUUGGCAUCGUAUCAGUCCUCGGUAAGAAAAACUUUGCAAAUUUACAGCCAUCUUGACCGCGGAGAAAAUUCUUCGAAAGCAAGAUAGGCCACUAUAAGGUCUCUCGGCAAGCCAAUCAGAACAGAUGGUUUUCUUUACCUUGCCCGGCAUUGGAGCCAGCCAUGUAGUAAAUUGUGUUUUACCUCCUAUCAGAGUCCGAAAGACGUAGAAUCAGCGGUCAACUCACGAAUAGCUCAGUACCAGGCUUACAUCGAGGAGAUUGCGGAGUAUUACGAGGAGUCUGCGCAGCACAUCAACGCCGAUCAAGAUAUUCACACCGUGUUCGAGUGUAUUGAAAGUAUCAUUGUAAACCCCAUUCCCACAAAGAACGAAGUGUAAUAACGCCAUGCAAGGAGGAUGUGCUUUUAUAAUUAUAUUGUCGGCCACAUUAAUAACAAAGCUGUAUAUAGAGCACUGUCGUGGUGUCUUAACGUGGUACUAAAAGAAUGUUUUCUAUCUGGUCUGUUUUCAGUCUAGAAUGUCGAUAUCUUUGGCCUUUUUAGUUAAUUAAAGGUGUAACUUUAGCAAAUUAAUUUUUUUUGCAAUCGAGUGUUCGUCCAUUUCUUGGUAUUUUGAGUGUUCGAGAGAGGGUUGUUUUUAACUUAAACCCUUUGACCCUUAAGAGUCACUAGCAUCUAAUUUCUCCUCCAAUUUCACUCUUGAAUCGAACAUGAAGGUCUC